AUGGCGUUGACGGAGACUGUCGAGGGAGGAGUCGAGCUGUCCCUGCCGCAUCAGUCCCUCGGCAACACCUACAUCGAGCUCAUCUCGGAGGUGGUCAAGGACCUUCCGGGGGUGACACGUCUUAACCUACGGGACAACCGCCUCACGGACGUCGGCGUGCAGGAGAUCGUGGAGGCGAUAUGCGGCAUGGAUGGACACAGAGGGAUUCAGGUCCUGGACCUCUCCGAAAACAAGCUGGACACCGUCUCGGCCCAAUCUCUGUGUGCCUUCCUCAAGAGCCCUACGUGCUGCCUCAGAGAGAUCCUGCUUGCCAAGGCCGACAUCGACGACGGAGAGACUGCCAUCGUGAUGGAGGCGAUGCAACACAACCAUUCUGUGAGGCACCUCGACUUCAGCGACAACUCGAUCGGAGGGGGAUACGAGAAGACGCAGAUUUCGGGCGGUCCAACCACGGGCGGUGCUUCCAUAGCGCUCGCCCUCGGCGUGAACGCCACGAUUCGACGAAUCAAUCUGCAGUGGAACCUUCUUGGCUCAAAGAGUGGAAUUCUGCUCGGCAGCGCACUUGCUCAGAACCACACCUUGGAAUACCUGGAUGUAUCGUACAACGCAUUGGGAAGCGAGGGGGCGCAAGCCAUAGGGACGGCUUUGGCGGUAAACGAUGGGCUGGUGUGCCUGGACCUAAGUUACAACGAGAUCUCCCCGAGAGGCGCUCUCGUCAUCGCGCAGGCGCUGGAGAACAAUGACCGCCUCGAAGUUUUGCGCUUGGACGGCAACAGCAUCGGCUUUGACGGGGGUCGCACCCUCGUUCGAAGCCUGAACUACUGGACGCUGUCACGGACUCUAGGGCUGAAGAACUGCAUGCUAGAAAGCCGGGCGAGGGUGGGGGACUGCUUCGACCCAGUCUUUCCUACAGGAAAAUACUCGUUGGAUUGCUCCAAGCCCUACCAAAAGGCUGUGGCCUUCGAACUUCUAAGGAUUGCGAGCACGCGGCCGGGUAGUUCUGUGAGCGAGAUAUCACCUCGGGAGAUGCGCAGCAGGCAUGGCCCCACGCUUCCUUUCGCCACCAUGGACGCCAUUGAGUGGCGGUUUGCGCUCAAAGAAGCCUGGGUGAUAGACGCCACCACUGGAGACCACUUCUAUCCUCCAGACACGGGAUAUCUAGAGGUGGAUUUCCUGUGUCAUUCCCUACCGCCCACCGGCUGGGCCCUGAUCAACUCGAGCGGCAUGCGGCACCUCCAAGCCCUAGCGGAGGGAGACGAGCAGUGCCGAGACCAACCCCUGCUUUACCUCAAGAUGGCGUCAAAGGAUCUCUUCUUUUCGACUCAACAGGUAAACGAGGUCAUCCGCAGCUGCAGCAAGAAGCUAAACUCGCUACAGUAUCUCAUGCCCACUGACGCUGAGCAGGUGCAGGACCUGCUUGUGGCUUUAAUACCGAGGCUGCAGAACUCUAGAUGCCUUCAAGGCUUGCUGGAGAUGCAUCUCGAGCCCAAGCAAAUCAAUCUCGUUCAGCGAAUCUUUGGGCACGCAUUUGCCGCUUUCACCGAUUGUGUCGGCGGGCACUACAGCUUAGAUCUGAGCAGGGAGCUGGACAGAGAAGCGGCGAUGAGACUUUCGGAGUGGGGGCAUCUUGACCAGAUGUGCCUGAGGGCGCUGAGUGGCUGGACGGCUGAAUCGGGUGGUACCUCACAGAAAGGGAGAUGGAGUAGCUUCAGAAACGAGCGUUAUCGCAAGCGACCCUUCACCAGGUACACGAGGCACACCUGCCGGCCCCCAACCCACCCCCCGUUUCCCUGCAUAUUUCCUCCGUCACCAAAUGCUCUCGGAAAACACGGAAUGAAGUCGUCAGACACCAGUGAAAAGCUCCGCAUAUCGGCCGCUAACGCUGCAUACAACAUGGAGGUCGAGGCUAGCAGACUCGCGCAAAUAUCUUCGUCGGACUGCGAGUCGAAUAGCGACGGCGACAGGAGCACGGCGUUGCCAUCGCCGUUUUCAUCUCCGCGGCAAUCAUCUGUGAUUCCCCGGGCUUCAUUCGCUCGCAUCUGCGCGACCGGUGGUUCGCAAGAACAGCCCGCACAAACAAGAGUAUCCCUUGCAACCGCCAAACACCGAGGCAGCAGCAUUAGCGCUACCGCGAACGCUCCCGAUGGAGCAGGGACUAUGGCCGGAAGAGGGGGAAGCAAAGGGGAUGCGUCAGCAGGCGAAUCGCCGGCGGCAGCGCGGAGGCGGAGCUUGGCCGCCCAGCUGGCAAGGCAGCGACUAAAGAAGGCGGCCAGGUAUGCCGGGGCCGGUCUGGCCAACGCCCCCCCAUUCGUGGCGAAGGUUUCCCUCGGAGAAGGCUCGCUGCAAGAAGCUCUCACUCGCGGUGGUGUGCCAUGGAAAGGAUGGGCUGAGGGAAAACUGUCGGCGCUGUGGAGGCACCUCCUUGCGAAAGACUGCUCGCUGAUGGAUGGCUCUCCUCCUCUCUUGAUUGCUCACAUGGUUCGGGUGAGAGUGUGCCACGGGACGGAAGACAAGACCCUUGAGAGGCGUUCAUCGGUGUACGCUUCCUCGCGCAAAGAUUCUACCGCCUGGCUCAGCCGAGGCUUCGUAGGGCGUCUCGUCAAGACGAGAGGUACACGCCCUGGCCAGGACCCGAAACGCGUCGCGACAUCUUUGGUGCUCAAUGUCUUUGAUACUUUCUUGUCUACGGAGGCAGAUGUCUGGCUCGUGAAGAGGGAGACGCUCGAAACCAGGAGUUCCAAUUGUCAGGGGUCCCCCCUGUGCCCGGACGCGCCGUCGAUCCAGAAGAAGACUAUCGAGCACAUUUUUGAUGCAUACGUGGACAAGCUGCCGGACCACGACUUCGGCGUGCGCAUUCCAAACCAGGAGGGCGUGGGCAGCAUCGGUGUGAUCAGUCGGGACGCUUCUUCUGCUCUGGAGAAAAGCACUACUUCUAGUGCUAGGGGGACGCAGCCGCCGAGGCGAGAGCUGGGUCAGGUCUCCGAAGACAUUAGGGGAGAGGGGAGCGGCCUCGGCGACGUCCGCGGCGGUGUUUCAUUGUCAGCAGAAAACGAUGACAGCGAUGCCAAGAUGAGCUUCAGCGAUGGGGAGGGCGGCGAAUCGCCAGAGCCUCCGAGCUUCGAGUUCGUGUGGGUGGCCUCGGACGAAGGAGAGGCAGGCCCGCACACGGCCGUCGCCCCAAGGGAUGCGGAAUGGGCAGCCGUUGCCAGGAACGUGCGCUUCCGCCUUGCUAGUGCGUGGCUCUCAUGCGCCCAGGCACGUGUCCUGGCAGGCGUCUUCCCCGAGCGAGCAAAGGGUACGACCGGAAACCCCAGGGAAGACUUGGUGGUGGAACUGUUCGGCCGCGUCACAGACAUUGACAAAUUUUGCACCGUUCUUGCCACGCUCGGCCGGGAUGCGCAGCUUUCGGCCGGGAGGCGAUUGGGGUGGCUCAAUGCCCUCAACCCGCAUGAUAUCGACAGGCCGCUCGACCUUGACCUUCGACUCAACGACCACCGACGGAUAGCAAGAGUCUUGUCCGAAAUGGCAGUGGUCGAGCCCGGGUCUAACCUCCAAAACCAGCGGUUCAGCCGCCACGCCGAUGCCGCGAGACACUUCUUCAUCCCCGGGUGGGAAGUGCCUCAGACUUGGCCGGGUACGCAGGGUGGUGGUGGCGAUGGUUAUGGCGGGGUUCCGGACGAUGGUCACUUCACGGUAGAGUACUGCUCUGACGAGGCUUCGGGAUGUCACGCGGAUCCCGAGACUCGAGAGCGGUUGAGAGUGGAAGCAUUCUUGUGCGGCGUUCCUCGAGACGGGGGCCUUGGGAUGUUUGGCAACAUGGAUGAGGGCCUCGCGAAGGCGCUAGCGGAGCUGCCUUCUUCACUGUGA